AUGAGUGAGCUCCGCAAGCCUGAGUCAGACCUUCAGGACUCAAUGGAGCCCCAGCUGUUUGGGGCUGAGGGGGAGGAGGCCGCAUCCCCUUCCUCCUCCUCCUCCUCCUCCUCCUCUUCUUACUCUGGAGAUGCCGAGUCCUUGCUCCAAGAUGCACUACAUCUGAAGGUAGCUGACCUGGUAGGGUUCCUGCUCCUCAAGUAUCGCACAAAGGAGCCUACCACAAAGGCAGAAAUGCUGACUAUCCUCAAAGAUUACCAGGACCACUUCCCCAUGGUCUUCAGCUGAGCCUCCGAGUGCAUGCAGCUGGUCUUUGGCCUCACCGUGAAGGAAGUGGACCCCAGCGAUCAUUCCUAUGUCCUCGUCCCCACCCUGGGCCUCACCUAUGAUGGGAUGCUGAGUGAUGGGCAAAGCGUGCCCAAGACCGGCCUCCUCGUGUUGCUCCUGGGCCUGAUCCUCCUAGAGGACAACUUUGUUGCCCCUGAGGAGAAGGUCUGGGGAGCACUUAGCAAGAUGGGUGUGUGUGCCAGGAGGUAGCACUGCAUCUAUGGGGAGCCCAGGGAGCUCCUCACCAAAGUGUGGGUGCAGGAGGGCUACCUGGAGUACCGGCAGGUGCCUCACAGCGACCCCGCCCGCUACAAGUUCCUGUGGGGUCCCUGGGCCCACGCAGAGACCAGCAAGGGGCAGGUUCUGGACUAUCUGCUCAGGGUCAAUAGCUUGGAUCCCCGGUCCUUCCCAUCCCUGUGUGCAGAGGCUGUGAGGGAUGAGGAAGAGGGAGCCUGA